AUGCCACGCCGACGUGACCGAGAAGCCACGCCAUCGGACUACUAUUACGAGGACGAUUACUAUAGCUAUUACUCCGAGUCCCGUUCACCGACGCCCCGUCCGCGCCGCGGGCGGCGUGGGGGCGAGCGGAAGGGUCGCCGGGAGCGUGGGGGCACCCGUCAUCGCCGCAGAAGCCGAUCUCGACGGGGCGGUGGAGGCAAAGGCCGCCGCGAACGAGGAAGGAGCCGCGAGCGGCGACCGAUGGGAGGAGGAGGACCAGGAGGAAAGGGUGGUGGAAGGCCCGGAUUUGGUGGUGGCGGUGGCGGACGAGAAGCAAAGCGCACACCAAGCCGUGACGGAGAUCCAUCAAACGUCUACGUGUGGAACCAGCUCGUGAAACGUGAGAAAGCCCGCAUUGAGCGGAACUUCAACGAAGCGGACCGACUCCGCGACGGGCUCCGGGAGCUCGGAAUCGAGAUCUAUGACCGUGAACGCCGGUGGGAGGCGAAGGAUGGACGUGUGGGGCAAAGGCCAAACCAUGACGACAAAGAGAAGGACGCGCUGGUCGCCAAAGUCGACAUUUGGGGCGAACGGGCGUCAGAUCUGCUGGAGGGCGAUGCUGCGAAGACCGAGGUGAACGGCCGGUCAGGGCUGCUGCACGCAGCCGCCCGCGAGAACGCCCGCGGGGCCCGCGUUCUCGAGGAAGCUGAGAGCUGUCUCUCCGAAGCAGACCGGGAGGCAGCAGUGCCUAAGAUGCCAGAGACCAAGACCUCUGCUGCCUCCUUUGCCAGCAUGGAGGCCUUGGGCGUGCCACUUCCGCCAACGCAAGGUUGGAAGCCCGAGUCGUCUGCGACCAAGGGUCAGUCGAUGUGGCUGAUGCAUCAGAGCAAAUCAGAGUGGAUCUACAAUAUGACAGAAGACAAGUACUUCCACCUUCCGUCCAAGACCUUGUGGGAAAAGCGGCCUUUGAAGUCGCAGGAUCCAAGGCUCCCGGCCUUCACAUACGUGCGGACCGAUGCCUUCCAUUUGCAGGCGCUCCGCCACUUCGCGGCGUCGCUGGACAGCGGCGCGGUGCCUUUGGCCUGGCAGUCUUGGGUGCUCUACGUGAAGAAGAAGCGAGCGGUCCAGAUCGCCCCUACUCCACCAGUGGUAGAGGAGGUCCCUGUCGAUGCAGGAACACCGACCACAGCCGCAGCCGGUGCGGUCGCUUCUUCUUCGCCAGAGGUCGAGGCACCGGCGGAGGUGGAGACGAGUCCAGGCCUUGUGGAAGCACCGACAGAGCUGAAGAGCCAAGUGAACGAGCCGUCUCCCCCGGCUCCUCCGGAGCCCGAGCCGGCUCCGCAGGCUCCGCAGGCUCCGCAGACCACAGCGAAGACGCCGAAGCCGAAGCCGCGAGGAGGUUGCUGCCUUUGUUUGCGUUCCAGCUCACAUUUGUCCCGUGUGGACUCUGAUGCUGACUCUGACGAGGAGGCCAGCCCCUUCUUGCCCAAGCCGAAGAGCGAGCCUGCGCCGGUUCAAGCGUCAGACCGGACAGCCUCCACUGCCACCCCCCAGGCGUCCUGGUGCAGUCGGCUUCGUUCAUCCACACACGUUAAAACUCUGGAGAGUGAGAAGGUCCCGUUUCAAAAGGAGCACCAGACAUUGAUUGCAACUUUGGGUUUCAUUUGA